AAACUGGGUUUUAACAGGUACAGAAAUAAAUCCAAUACUAGAUUUAUAUAAAGGAUUUGAUAAAGUGACAUUGGCCGACCAGUGAACUCUUCAUGUUGUUGACACCGCGGACAUGCUCUAUUUGAUCUAGGGCAUACAGGUUACGCGAUUAAGACGAUUGACAGUUUACAUGUUUAAUUAGAUUUAAUGGCAGGCUCAUCAUCAUUGGAAGAGGUUGCGUACACACCUGUCAUGAAUCAGGAGGACGCUGUUGUCAAAGAUGGAAGCGCGCGCGGUGUUUGUCAACAGUUUAACCGUCUUCAGUUAGUGUUGUGCAUUGUUUUAAUAGUUAGCGUUACAUUUCAAUUCAUUGCCAUAGUAACACCAGGAUGGAGCAUUUAUUAUACAGACUCUGUCUCAGCAUAUGAGUCGGUAUAUUACAGCACUGGUUGUGUUAAACUGGAGAUAAAAAAAGAAACAAUUGAGGAAUGUAAGACAUUGUCGCAUAGGGAUGCUUUCUACCAGGAUUAUUAUGCUUCAAGUGAAGAAGGGAAACCGGCUCUAGGACAUCGGUAUAACUUAGUUAUUCAGUAUCAGAUGAAUGUUCAGAUCACGUGGCUUCUGAUUGUUGCAACCCUGAUAUUUCAAGGCUUAAAGCUGUUUCACCCUCAGGAAUAUUUUCCACGAGCUACUAUUGUCAACGUCGUCGUACUGGCAUGUUCUUGUCCUUUUAUGUUCCAAGUUCUUUUCAAAAACUUCGUGGACAUAGACUUCAGGAGAAAACUGUCCGAUACAACUAGUGUAAAAGUUGGAUUUCCGUACUCCUUCUUUUUCUAUACGUUGACAUUCGCUAUGGUGUUAGCCAGCUUAGUUCUGAUCAUUAAACAGGUUCUUGAUCAAAUACGCGAAAAAGAUCGUAUACACGCAGAGAUAAAAGUAAAAUUUGAUAGGCUAAAAUUAGAAUAUGACGCUGAAGUAGACGCUUUCAGGCGGUACCGACAGAGAGGACACCUGAGACCCGACGGUGGAGGUUCUUACCGAGGAGACAGGAAGUCAAGGGGUGAUGACAGGGGCUCGCAUUCCCCGCGUCAUUCUCGCGAGAUUAGAGAUCACGAUAGAGAUCAUCAUAGAUAUGGUGACCAUUCUCCAAGACGGCCAGACGACGCGUCACGUGGUCGACAUUCUCCAAGACCACGUGACCGGUCACCGCCUCGAGGUCAUAGAAAUGGAGACCGUUCACCAAGGCCACAUAAUAGGCAAGGCUCCCCACCAUCGCAUGACCACAAAGGCCAUCCUCCAAGAAAUCGGUCCCCUCGCCCCGAUGAGCGUGAACACCACGAAAUACGUCGUCGAUCGCCUCCUAGGAAUGAUUCAUCGAGCAGUAGCUUACCAGAAGGAAAUGAUGACCGAAAAUCAUUCAGGCAUUCGGAGAAUCAUGAAAACCCAGCACUAGUUAUUACACCGACUAUUGAAACGACUCCAAACAUAAUAGUUGAACCUCGCUCGAGUCAGGCUGUCGUUAACGACACUACAAAUGGUGAUAUUAAUGGGACCCGAAGUGCAAAAACUGAAGAUAUUGAAUUAAACGUUGCAAAUAUGGUGUGACGUAAGUGGUUUAACUUGUUAGGCACAUAUCAUCCCAACACCAUAUUGGAAACAUAUUUGUUAUUUUAUAUAGCUUUUUCGUUUUACCAUUUUAAACGCUUUUGUAAAUACGCAGCGUAGAUUCCAUUACAAAGAUGAUGUCUUGUGAGUCUUUGAUGGAAUAGACGAUGCACUUUUUAUAUGAUCAGAAGACAUAUUAGAGAUACUAAGAGAAUUGUCCAUUUACAGUGUGUUUUUUCCAGAGGAUAUUUGAUUUUAACUCGACUAUUCGAAUAAUAGGGAGGGGUAUUGUAGUCACCUAAGGCGUCUCAAAGGAACUUUGGGAUGUGACAGAAUGAGAAUUUUAGAAUAAUCUUAGAUUAAAACAACCAAACCAAUAAUUAAGGAUAAAUACAAAUGUCAUCAAACAGAGGUUCUACCGAAUCAGAAAAUAAAUGAAAAGCAGGGGUAUAAUUUUGCUACUAAAAAUAUCCGUUAUUUAUUAAUAUUCUGUAAAAAGAAUGCUGACAAGACUUAGUGCUACUUUUAAAGAUAGACUAUUUGAUUUUUUUUCUAGUUUUACAAUACUUAGUCACACAUUUUUUUUGCAGUUUGGAAUCAUCAAAUUGAUUGUAACGACUACUCAUACUACAUAAAGAAUCUGUUAUCAUAUAAACAUGUUACACUUUUAGCUCGACUUCUCCAAAAAUAAGGAGAGCUAUUGUACUCAUCCAGGCGUCAUCGUGAAACUUUGGUCAGCUUUUUAAUGACUGCAAUUUUUAUCAUCAUAUGACUACUGCGUGACAAUCGCAAUAUGGGCUAUUUUUGCAUAUUUAACCAUCUUUUGAGUAAUUUACGUAGAUUGUAAGUCGCAUUUACAAUAUGUUAAAUUUACUUUUGAUGUUUUAUUGUUCAGUUCACAAUAUCAUAUUUUUAAGUACAUUUUCAAAAUAAAAUGUUCAUGAAAAUAAGCGUGAAUAUGGAUGCAUGCUGCUUUAAAACUUAUUUUACUUAUAUUUGGUUUCCAUUGAAAUGAUGUCAAUCUACCAAGAUGUUAAGGUAUCACGUGAUCUGUGGUGGUGCUUUAUUGAAAUUUAGUCAUAUUGCACUUGAAUAAUUGUAAUACAAUAUGUAUUUUAUAUUAAAUAAAAUGAAUACUCUUUUUAUAUGAAUAAAUGAUAUAAAUGCUGUAAA